AUGGCACAAGUCAACCUCCAGACCACUGAACAUGAAGAAAUUCUUAAUCUCAUCGACACGCUGCGAUUUCAAGGCAUUAGUCGAUAUGUGGAUCUGCCUCAGAUCAUCGUCUGCGGUGACCAAAGCUCCGGCAAAUCCAGCGUGCUAGAAGCGAUUUCCGGCCUCCGCUUUCCCACCAAGGACAACCUCUGUACCCGGUUUGCGACUGAACUCAUCCUCCGACGUGGUCCUUCUUCGAAAGUCGUUGUCACCAUCAUUCCGGCCGCGGACCGCACAGAGCAGGAUGCUGAACGCCUCUCAAACUUCAGCCCUCCUUCCACUUCGAUCGCCGACUUCGCCGACAUUGUCAAAUCCGCGGAGAAAGCUAUGGGACUGGACAAUGACAACACCGUUUUCGCAAAGGAUAUUCUAAGAGUCGAGCUUUGUGGCCCACAUCAGCCAAACUUGACCCUUGUUGAUCUACCCGGCAUCUUCUGGGCAGGCAAUCGAUCCCAGUCAGACAAUGACGCUGAGCUGGUGCAAUCCCUUGUCAAGUCGUACAUGAAGAGCAAGAGGAGCAUCAUUUUGGCAGUUGUUUCAGCGAAGAACGACCUGGCAAACCAGAUCAUCACCAAGCUCGCGCGCGAAAUUGAUCCGAGGGGCCUGCGAACCCUGGGUAUCAUCACGAAGCCAGAUCUGCUGUUUGCCGGAUCUGACAGCGAGGCUGCGUUUGUGGAAUUAGCAAGAAACGAGGAUGUCUAUUUCAAGCUGGGAUGGCACGUUCUCAAGAACCGUGACUACGACACCAGAGAUACAACUUCUUCCGAGCGAGAUACUGCCGAGAAAGAAUUUUUUCAAUCCCGCGUGUGGUCCUCGGCGCUCCCGAGCAGUCAGCUUGGGAUCGACACGCUCCGUCCCCGCCUCAGUCAAGUCUUGCUUGGCCAAAUUCUGACGGAACUACCCUCCCUGGUGCGAGACGUGCAGAGAGAACUGACUGUCUGUAAGAGCAAGUUGGCGGCGCUCGGUGCUCCACGAGGGUCACUCCCUGCACAGCGCGCUUACCUCUUCCAUGCAAGUCAGCAGUUUGUUGAUCUCACCAAGUCUUCCGUUCGUGGCACUUACGAAGAUCCGUUCUUUGGAAGCGCAGACACCGACGAAGGCUUCAACAAACGUCUCCGUGCCGUUGUGCAACACACGCUGACUGCCUUCGCCGCCAGAAUGCGGAUUGAAGGGCACGCUCAGGAGAUUGUCGACGAAGAAAUAGAGGCGGAGUCAGAGAAGAUGGCUUGUCCUCAACGCAUUUCCCGCAAAGACUAUCUUGCAUCUGUCGAGGCUCGCAUGCGUCGGAACCGAGGUCGCGAACUUCCUGGUCUGUUUAACCCAGCAAUUGUGGACGAGUUGUUCUUUGAUCAAUGCAGACCGUGGCAGCACUUGAUCCGCGAAACAGAGGAGAAACUAGUGACCGCGGCCAAAACCACACUCGAGCUGGUGAUGGAACAUAUCUGUGAUUCCGCUACUGGAGACGGCAUCAUGAGAUUCCUGGUCCGACCCAACUUGGACGCCAUUGUCACGAAGCUACACAAAAAGGUUGAGGAAGUUCUUCAGCCGCACAUAAAGGGCCAUGCUAUCACAUACAAUCACUACUUCACCGAAACUCUGCAGAAGAAGCGGCGCGACGCGGAGCGAGAGGCAACGGCGCAGAAAAUCCGGCUUUUUUGUGGAGGAGAUUUGGAUCCUACUUCGGAGGAAAUUAGUGAGAGAAGGUACGGAUAUCCUAUGGACACGGGUGAGCUUUUGGCUGCACUACUUCAAGAUUCAGAGUCGGACAUGUCUCGAUUUGCGUGCAUGGAUGCGACAAACGCCAUGGAAGCUUAUUAUAAGGUUGCGCUCAAGACCAUCAUCGACUCUUUCGGGGUGUACGCCGUGGAACAUUGCCUGCUCAACGAACUACCUGAGAUCUUCAAACCAGAAAUCGUCUUCCAGCUGGAUGAUGCACUAGUCACCAGAAUCGCGGGCGAAUCACCAGGAUCACUCGCUGAGCGGGAAGAGCUGAACAAGAAGCUGAAAGUGCUUGAAGACACCAUGACCACGUUGCGACGCAUGAGAACCGUCAGACCAUCCGUAGAUGAUCAGGUUUCUGAUGCCAGGCCGAAGGACAACGAAGCACAGGAAAGCGGCGGGUCGAACGAGGAAGAAGGAGAGCAGAGCAGUAUUGGAUCUGCCUUUGGCUGA